AUGACUUCAGUAUCCAGUGACAAGACCUCAGCAAAGGUCGCCUCUAUUGAUCAGACGAUCGUGGUUGAGACCACAAAAGAACCGCCAGUAACUAUAGCAGAUACGGCUGAGCUUGAGGAUGUUACAACAGACCUUCGACAUCAUCCAGAGGCACGCAUCGCUUUCCUGGAAACUUUCAGCGCCGAAGAGGAGAAGGCAAUCAUGAGAAAAGUUGAUGUGCACUUUGUUGUCCUCAUUGGUCUGAUGUUUAUGUUCAAGAAUAUUGGCUUUUCCAACAUCUCCGUCAUACGAACCAUGCAGCGUGGAACAAAAAACAAUAUCAUGACCGAGCUCGAUGCCACUGCUGACAGGUAUAAUCUCGUGGCUACAGUUCAAGGAAUUGCAUACAUGAUUUUUGAGCUUCCAAGCAACUUGAUGCUGAAAUGGAUGACUCCUCAUGCUCUGGAAGCGAGGAUUUUCUUCACUUGGGGCAUCGCCACGGCUUGUUGUGGUGCAGUGCGCAACAGCACUCAACUCAUUGUCUGCCGAUGGUUUGUUGGUAUGCUCGAGGCCGGUAUGUUCCCAGGUGUAAUCACGACGCUGUCAUACUGGUAUCGAAGCGACGAAGUCGGACGGCCGAUCCUCUGGUAUUUCUCAAUUGCCCAGUUCUCCGGUAUCUUCGGCGCACUGGUGUGUUAUGGAACAAGCUUCAUGAACGAACUUCAAGAACUUUCUGGCUGGAGAUGGACCUUCAUUCUUGAGGGUGUUGCGACCAUGCUAAUGGCCAUCGUCAUUUUCUUCUUCCUGCCAGAUUUCCCCAAAUCUAAGCGGAGCGCGUCGUGGCUCACGCCUCGUGAGCAACAAUUUAUUGAGGCUCGGCUAUCGCCUCAUGCUCCGGCCACCGGUGAUCCAAGCUGGAACUCCAAGGACGCCAUUAUCGCCCUUACAAGUCCUACGACUUGGGGAUUUCUGUUUGACCAGACGCUGAUGAACUUGUCGACGUAUGCAUUGAACUGGUAUCUACCCAGUAUCAUUGCCGGGUUGGGGUUUGUGAAGCUUCCUACAAGUCUUCUGCUGAAUAUACCACCGGCUGUUGCCGGCAUCCUCGCCAUGGGAGUAUGCGUCCUGGUGACUUCGCGAGCAUGGGCUCCUCGACCCCUAAUCUGCGUGCUUGUGGUCUCUGGCGCCAUGAUUUGCUAUGUCCUGUUUUUCUCCGUCAAGAAUACUGGCGGUCUCUACACCGCUUGCAUCCUCAGUCAAUUCUUUGGCGCUUCAUACUACGUGCCGUACUGGUCGUGGAGGACCUCCAUCAUGUCGGGAUCUACUGGAGCUGCUUUUGCCAUAGGUCUGCAGAGCAGUAUCGCGCAGUUAGGUGCGGUCGUUGGACCACAGUUCUUUCCGUCUAAGUGGUCUCAUAACCGCUACCGCAAUAGCUUUCUGAUCGGGUUGGCCAUUACCGUUGCUGCAUUGAUCACAAAUCUUUGGACUUGGUGGCUUACAAGACACAUUGAGCGCCAGACGCAACAGGUGCGACGGGCUACUUUAAAGGCGCGGAAGGCGGGCAAGGCUUAUACUGGACACACGGAUAUUGAUGUUCUGAACGACGACAAUAUCAAGAACCGAAAGUGGUGGUGA